UAUGUUAGUAUAUAUAUAUUUAUGCCAUGUGUUGGGGUAACAUGUCUUAUUCCAUUCGAUUGGUCUAAGAAAUACCACCGAAGAAAAGGAUAGGAGGAGAAAUGGCAAGAACACAUUUGUUCCUUUUUCUACUAGUGCUUUCAUCAUCACCAUUAUCAUCAGCAGCAACAACAGUAUCAUCAUCAUCAUCAUCAUCAAGAGAGCAAGAGGAGGACAGGAUCGAAGCACUUCCAGGGCAACCAAAAGUAGGAUUCUCACAGUUUUCGGGUUAUGUGACAGUGAACGAGUCACACGGCCGGUCACUCUUUUACUGGCUCACUGAGUCAUCUUCUUCCCCUCACACGAAACCACUUCUUCUUUGGCUCAAUGGAGGACCGGGCUGCUCGUCUAUUGCGUAUGGAGCUACGGAGGAAAUUGGACCAUUUCGGAUCAACAGAGGUUCAAAUCUCUAUCUCAACAGUUUUUCUUGGAACAUAGAGGCAAACCUUUUGUUUCUGGAAUCACCCGUUGGAGUUGGAUUUUCAUACACUAACACAAGCUCCGAUUUCAAAGAGUUCGGAGACGAACGUACAGCUCAGGAAAACCUGAUAUUUCUUAUUAAGUGGAUGUCAAGAUUUCCUCAGUAUCAAUAUAGAGAUUUUUACAUUGCUGGUGAAAGCUACGCUGGGCAUUAUGUUCCUCAGCUUGCCAAAAAGAUCAAUGAGUACAACAAAGCCUUCAAUAAACCAACCAUCAAUAUCAAAGGAUUCAUGGUUGGAAACCCAGACAUGGACAAAAACAACGACAAGUUAGGGACCAUAACAUAUUGGUGGUCUCACGCGAUGAUCUCCGAUACAAACUACAACCUCAUCCUCAGAAACUGCAAUUUCACGGCAGACAGUUUCACCAAAGAGUGCAACUCUUCAAUUUACAAUGCUGCGGCAGACUUUGGUGAAAUCGAUCAGUACAGCAUCUACACACCCAAGUGUGUACGAAUGAAGCAAAUGCGCAAAGCCGUGCUAGCUAGACAGACUACAGAGUAUGACCCUUGUACCGAGAGCUACGCUGAUAUAUACUAUAACCGCCCUGAUGUACAGCGAGCUAUGCAUGCAAACCAGACAGCCAUUCCUUAUAAAUGGACAGCUUGCAGUGACCCUGUGUUUAAUAACUGGAAUUGGAGACUGUCUGACAAUUCGAUGUUGCCGAUAUACAAAGAACUCAUGGAGGCUGGUCUAAGGAUAUGGGUAUAUAGCGGUGAUACAGACUCGGUGAUUCCAGUGACAGCGACUCGGUUUUCCAUCAGCAAACUUAAUCUUCCAGUAAAAACUCGUUGGUACCCUUGGUACUCCGGGAACCAGGUAGGAGGAAGAACAGAAGUAUAUGAGGGGCUUACCUUUGUGACGGUAAGAGGAGCGGGCCACGAGGUGCCAUUGUUCAAACCGCAGAGUGCACUGAUUCUUUUAAAAUAUUUCUUGGCUGGCAAAGAGCUACCAAGAUCUUAUUAGUUGGGCAAGCGAAUUGGCCACAUGUGGAAUCCGAAUAAACUUGGUGUUUCUUUUCCCCUUUGUCUAUUUUAAAAUCGAUAUGUAUGUUGGUAUUUAAGACCCCAUGAGGACAUCACUAUUUUUAAAGUCUACUGAAUUUCUCAAAAAUUCAGUUUAAUAUUUAACCAGUAAUUUUUAAAUU